AUGGACAUGUGUCUCUGUGUGUGGACUCCUGCAGAGUGCUCCUUGGUCUCCUCCUCAUGGACAUGUGUCUCUGUGUGUGGACUCCUGCAGAGUGCUCCUUGGUCUCCUCCUCAUGGACAAGUGUCUCUGUGUGUGGACUCCUGCAGAGUGCUCCUUGGUCUCCUCCUCAUGGACCUGUGUCUCUGUGUGUGGACUCCUGCAGAGUGCUCCUUGGUCUCCUCCUCAUGGACCUGUGUCUCUGUGUGUGGACUCCUGCAGAGUGCUCCUUGGUCUCCUCCUCAUGGACCUGUGUCUCUGUGUGUGGACUCCUGCAGAGUGCUCCUUGGUCUCCUCCUCAUGGACCUGUGUCUCUGUGUGUGGACUCCUGCAGAGUGCUCCUUGGUCUCCUCCUCAUGGACCCGUGGACAGUUUAAAGUCCUCAGAGGAACCCGUGCAGACUCCCGCUCCUACCCGCUCCUCUCGCCGGUCCUACCCGCUCUUCUCCCCGACUCAUACCCGGUCCUCUCCUUAGUCCUCUCCUUACUCAGUCCUCUCCCCAGUCCUCUCCCCAGUCCUCUCCUUACUCAGUCCUCUCCCCAGUCCUCUCCCCAGUCCUCUCCCCAGUCCUCUCCCCAGUCCUCUCCCCAGUCCUCUCCUUACUCAGUCCUCUCCCCGAUCCUCUCCUGGUCCCCAGUCCUCUCCCCAGUCCUCUCCCCGGUCCUCUCCCUUGUCCUCGGUCCUCUCCCCGCUCCCCCACCCGGUUGCCCACCCCCUGCGCCCCAUCAGCGGCUCUUUGCUCGCGCUAAUCCCACUCGUCCAUGCGUCCUCACUCGCUUCACAGGCGGGCGGCUGUUCGGGACCUCUUCACCAAAGUCUUCAUCAGAACCCGCUCCUUCUGCUCCGCGGCCUCUUCCUCUGAUCCGCUUCAUCACAGCUUUAUAUCUGAGUGAAGCGGCAGCGCGUGUCCCGGGGUCCCUGACUCUCCCCGUUCCCCGCAGCCUGGACCCACGGCUGUUCCAGACUACUACAGGAAGAGGCAGAGGUGUUACGCGCUCAUGCAGAGGUCACACGCACAAAAUACUAUCCAUCACCGCGGGCCGGGCCUCUCCUCUCGCCCCGCUGCUCCGCUCCAGCCUCCGCUUUGAAAGUCACGGAGCAGGGGAAGGGGGUGAGGAGCGCGGGGAGGGGGUGAGGAGCGUGGGGAGGGUGAGGAGCGUGGCGAAUCCCCCCACUCGCCCCCAGUCACACUCCGAGGCGCAGAACUUACCCAGUCCUUUCUCUUCUCCCGUGCGUAAAAAGUUGUUGGAAAAACGUAAAAUCCGAGCGGUGUCUGCGGUGAGAGUGGAAAGGCGCCUCUCCGUGCGCGUGCAGUCAGUCCGCGCGUGUGCGUGUGCAGCUGUACGGAGGUCCUCUCGCACUCAUGGGCUUAUGUUUCUCUGA